GCACGACACAAUAGCCGUGUUGGUCUCAAAUUAAAACACCGUCUAAAUAUACCGUUGUUCUACGGACUAUUUUGUAUAUUAUUGCCUGAAAGUCUUUGUAUUUACUACUGCUAACUUCGGCAUUUGAAGGCAGAUAAGUAGCCAAACAUGGCGGACACGGAUGAGCCGGAGAAGAAAAGAAGGAGAGUAGUGGAGCUGACUGAGAAGAUGGUGGUUGAUGGAGGCAUUGGACGCGCCUGUGAGUGGGAGGGGCGAUGGAACCAUAUCAAAAGGUUUCUGGAAAGAUCAGGGCCCUUCACGCAUCCUGACUUCGAACCCAGCACAGAGUCAUUGCAGUUUAUGUUAGAAACCUGCAAAAUCCUGGUCAUUGGUGCUGGUGGUCUGGGAUGUGAGCUGCUGAAAGACCUGGCUUUAUCAGGCUUUUGCAACAUUCAUGUUGUCGACAUGGACACCAUUGAUGUUUCAAACCUGAAUCGACAGUUCCUCUUCAGGCGAAAAGAUGUAGGUCGGCCCAAGGCGGACAUUGCAGCUGAUUUUAUCAACACCCGCAUACCUGGAUGCUGUGUAGUCCCACAUUUUAAGAAAAUUCAAGACUUGGAUGAAACAUUCUACAGACAAUUCCAUAUAAUUGUCUGUGGACUGGACUCUAUACUUGCCAGGAGGUGGAUGAAUGGUAUGCUGCUGUCUUUGCUGGUGUAUGAGGAUGGUGUCUUGGACCCAGGUUCCAUCAUUCCUUUAAUUGAUGGUGGGACCGAAGGCUUUAAAGGCAAUGCCAGAGUCAUUCUCCCUGGCAUGACCGCCUGCAUUGACUGUACCCUUGAGCUUUACCCUCCUCAGGUCAACUUCCCCAUGUGUACAAUAGCUUCCAUGCCUCGUUUACCAGAACAUUGCAUUGAGUAUGUCCGGAUGCUGCUGUGGCCCAAAGAGACACCCUUUGGAGAUGGUGUGGUCCUGGAUGGAGAUGACCCAGAGCACAUCCAGUGGGUGUAUCAGAGAUCUCUGGAGAGAGCAGCAGAGUUUAACAUAACAGGAGUCACGUACAGACUAACCCAGGGUGUUGUUAAGAGGAUAAUUCCAGCUGUAGCGUCUACAAAUGCCGUCAUAGCUGCUGCUUGCGCAACCGAGGUUUUCAAAAUAGCAUCAAGUGCCUAUAUACCUCUAAAUAACUACAUGGUCUUCAAUGAUGUUGACGGCUUGUACACCUACACUUUUGAAGCCGAACGGAAGGAAAACUGUUCAGCCUGCAGCCAAGUACCUCUGGACUUGCACUUUUCUCCAUCUUCCAUACUCCAGGAGGUGUUGGACUACCUGACUGAGAGUGCCUCCCUACAAAUGAAAUCACCUGCUAUAACAGCAACAGUGGAAGGAAAGAACAAAACAUUAUAUUUACAGUCUGUUGCUUCAAUCGAACAGAGGACGCGGCCAAAUCUGUCCAAAACUCUGAAGGAGUUGGGGCUGAAUGACGGACAAGAGCUAGCUGUAGCUGAUGUCACCACACCCCAGACCAUGCUGUUCAGACUCUGCUUUACCUCAUAGGAUGAACUCAAGCACUCCUACAACCAGUUGAUGUCAUUCUUGUUUCUUGGCCAACUAUGACUUGAUGCAGAAUAUUUAAAAUGGCCUAAAAACUAGAACAGCUCACAGUGUAUUCAGUCACACAGUCACAGUGUAAAUGAUUCUAGCUAAUUUCAUUGUUUUAAUGUACCUAUUGAGUAAAGUUAAUGUUUUGCACUGAAGAGCCAAAUCAUAGUUCAUAACCUGUCAUGUUUUGGUGAUAUAUCGUCUGCAAAUGUUAAGGAUUUCUGCAUUAAUGUGUUAUCUGCACUACAACCUAAAGCGUGCUCUGUGCAAACAAAGAGACAAGCAUUGGUUACUUUGGAAAAGAUUAUUCUGUACUUGUUCUGGUUUUGAAUAUUUAUUUAUUACAACAGUUUUUUAGUUGCAGUAACUGCUGAAGUGGUAAUCAACAGACACUGAUAAUAAUGUGUGAACUGGAAUAAAAUGUUUUUCUUACAA